ACCUGGCAACCCUGCCGCCGUCUCCUUGUUUUGAAUUUGCGAGCAGCUGAGGUCUUCCUUGAGGAAACUUUAAGGUUCUUCUACCUCUCUCCAAGCUGCGGAUUCUAGCUCUUGGGGCCCACCUCUUCAAAGCGGGACCGAGCUUUUCCCAGCACUCAGUGUGUGUGUGUAUUUUGUGUAGACAUGUCUGAGGAAAGACUGGAGACGUUGGACGUGGGUGCGAGGCUAGGCCUACAGGUGGAGCCUAUGGUGGAGGGUACAAAGCUAGGCCUACGGGUGGAGCCUGGGGAGGGGUUGAGGCUCCGAGCGUUGAAGGAGUCCCUCAACCAUAUCGUGGAGAGGCUCCUUGGAGGCUGGAAGCCUUCCCUGUUCGCAAAGUGCUUCCCAACACUUGCAAAAGAAAAUGAAGCUGUUUUGGAGGCUCUACGAGCCUCUGUUGUUGCAGCGGUGCACACCGCAUUAUUUGAAGACCUAAUUGCCAUCAUUGAAGAAGAUGUUGCCAAGCCUUUGGAAGAGCUUAGUUUACUUGUCAAGAACCAUUCUGGGCCUAAGAAUGUUAAGGCAUGGCGACCAUCGGGCGAUCCUUUGUUGGAUAUGAGGGCUCAUGAUGCCAAGGUCUUGAAGUACGAAAAACAGCGCCUUGUUGAAACAGUUGAAGCUUCAAAGAUGACCACGGAGGGUUUAUUGCAGAAGGUUGAGUCGGGUCGCAAACAGUGUCACGAUAACCAAUUAGAGAUCCAGAGUCGCUUAUCACCCUUGAAUGAGCUUUACGCCUUGUCUUCAGAACUUCCUCAGGAGACUAUGAUAGCUUGCUUUCAUAAUAUUAUAGAUAGAAUGCAAUGAUAUGCUAUUUUGAGAUUAAGUAGAGAGCCCUGAAUGAUAAUUAAGAAUUACAUGUAAAAUAUGUUGACUGAAUUAGGAGCCCCGAGGCUCAAACCUCCACACUGGGUGUUCCCACGCACACGCCAUGAACCACAAUAUACUGAAAGUAAUGCUACCUGAAAUUCAACUCAAUCCUCUAAAGGGGGGGGGGGGGUCUUGAGGCUUCCAGUAAAAGUUCUCUUCUCUUAAGAAAAAUGUUGUAAGGCAGAGGUGUUUGGUAUAGAGUUCUACCCCCGAGUGCAUGUGUGAAACACUCUACUUUUAGUAGUCACCUUGUUUAGGCAUAAACCCUUCUGAUCCCGUCAUUGCAGUGGAAGCCUCAAGACACACACCCCCCCCCUCCCCUAGAGGAUUUGGUUGACUAUCAGGUAGCAUUACUUUCAGUAUAUUGUUCAAGAAGUGUGCUUGUGAACACUCAGUGUGGAGGUUUGAGUCGUGAUAUAUCGCAUUAAUGUAGGAUAAAACCCCACUAUGUAAUAUGUAAAAUUUGUUAAGAUUUACACCUAGUCUUUGCACUCGAGUGCUUUGUCAAGGUCUUAAGUAUGUGGUUAGGACGAAACUUGCU